AUGCGUGUAUUCCGCCAGAGCGCUCGCCGCCUCUCUUCGGCCGCCAAGUCGCCGCGCGAUGCCGUCAUCGUCGGCGUCGCGAGGACUCCGGUCGGUGGCUUCAACGGCUCGCUCGCCGCGCUCAAGGCGCCAGAACUUGGCUCGGCUGCAAUCAGCGCGGCGCUCGACCGUGCGGGCGUGCCAAAGGAGAGCGUGGAGCAGUGCUGGAUGGGCAACGUGAUUGCGUCCGGGAUGGGCCAGGCCCCGGCCCGCCAGGCCGCCCAGAUGGCCGGGCUUCCCGACAGCACCUGCUGCACGACCGUCAACAAGGUCUGCUCGUCCGGCAUGAAGGCGGUCACGCUGGGCUCGCAAGAGAUCGUGCUGGGGAACGCGGACGUGCUUGUCGCGGGUGGGAUGGAGUCGAUGUCCAACGUGCCGUACUACCUUCCCAAGGCGCGCUUUGGGGCGAGGAUGGGCGACGCUACCAUGGUCGACGGCCUCGUGUUCGACGGGCUGUGGGAUCCGUACGACAACUGCCACAUGGGCGGCCACGCAGAGCUCUGCGCAGAGACGCACGGCAUCACGCGCGAGAUGCAGGACGCGCACGCACGCGAGCCGUUCCACCGCCCGGGACCCUCCUUCGGCGACGAGAUCGCACCCGUGACGGUCAAGUCUCGCAAGGGAGAUGUGAUCGUGACCGCCGACGACGAAUGCGCGCCGGAGCCGCGCCCAGCGUCCGCCGCCAAGCCCGCCUUCAAGAAGAAGGACGGCACCGUGACGGCGGCCAAUGCGUCGACCAUCUCGGACGGCAGCCGAGACACUUCCGAGACACUUCCGAGACACUUCCUGGCGGCCAAUGCGUCGACCAUCUCGGACGGCAGCCCGACCCUCUCCUCUCUCUCUGCUCUCUCGGCCGACGCGGAGCAGGAACCGUGCUGGUUCACCACGGCGCCGGCGGCGGCGAUCCCGAAGGCCCUCGCGCGCGCGGGGCUCGCCGUCCUAGAUGCCGGCUGCGCACCUUUGCUCGCCAUCUCUGACGUCGACUUUUUCGAGAUCAACGAGGCCUUCUCGGUCGUCUCCGUCGCCAACAAUCAGCUCCUCGGCCUCGACCCCACGAGGGUGAAUGUGCGCGGCGGCGCCGUCUCGAUUGGCCACCCGAUCGGAGCCUCGGGCGCGCGCAUCGUCGUCACCCUCCUCUCGGUGCUGCGCGAGAAGGGCGGCAAGAUUGGCGUCGCCGGCAUCUGCAACGGCGGCGGCGGCGCGUCGGCGAUCGUCAUCGAGGCCGAGUAGAGCUAGUGGGAGAGGAGAGCGCGUGCGCUGGUCGGCGACGAGCCGUUGCCGCAGGCGGCUCGCGCUGCUUGCGAGCAGAGAAAAGAGACGGAUUGUGGGCUUGGCGCGAGGUGCGCUCUUGCCUCUCGUUUUUUAUUGAAA